AUGUCAACUACCGACCUCCCUCUCGUCUAUGGUAUCCUCCUCUACGAUGGAAUGGCUAUCUUAGACAUCUACACCCUCCUCGAAUAUCUCAACAUCAUCUCCCUCGACCUUCCCAUCAAGAUCCACCUCAUCAGCACCUCAUCUUCCGACAUAGUGUCCACAAAGGUUGGCCAGAGCUAUGUGGGCAACGCGCAAAGGAUGGUGGCCGAUUAUUCCCUCGACAAUGCUCCUGAUUUGGAUGUCAUUGCUAUUCCGGGAGGGACAACAGAGGAGGUGAUAUCAAGCGGGAGAGUGGCGAAAUUUUUGAAGGCACGAUACCCUACCUUGAAGCACCUGAUAGGAAUAUGCACCGGCGGUGCUAUUAUUGCAGCCUCCGGACUGCUUGACAAUAAGCGCGCUGCAGGAACUAAGUCUGUUUGGUCAUGGGUGUCUACUUUAGGAACCAAUGUGACCUGGAUACCGAAGGCCCGCUUCAUGAACGACGGAAACAUCUGGACGAGCAGUGGUCUCACCGCUGGAUUGGAUCUUAGUUACGCGUUAAUCAAAGAAGUGUACGGGAGGGAGGUCGCAGAGAAGGCAGCAAUGGUAUUGGAGUACAUUCCGUCGGAAGAUCCCCUCGCAGACCCUUUCGCUGCUAAAUAUGGGCUGAUUUGA